AUGUCAGGAGACGCAGCCGCGGAGCAGGCGGCUGAGUAUGUCCCAGAGAAGGUGAAGAAAGCUGAAAAGAAAUUAGAAGAGAAUCCCUAUGACCUUGACGCUUGGAGCAUUCUCAUUCGAGAGGCACAGAAUCAACCUAUAGACAAAGCACGGAAGACUUAUGAGCGCCUUGUUGCCCAGUUCCCCAGUUCUGGCAGAUUCUGGAAACUGUACAUUGAAGCAGAGAUUAAAGCUAAAAAUUAUGACAAGGUUGAAAAGUUAUUUCAGAGAUGCCUUAUGAAGGUUUUGCACAUUGAUUUAUGGAAGUGUUAUCUUUCAUAUGUCCGAGAAACCAAGGGCAAACUACCAAGUUACAAAGAAAAAAUGGCUCAAGCAUAUGAUUUUGCACUGGAUAAAAUUGGGAUGGAAAUUAUGUCUUAUCAGAUUUGGGUGGAUUACAUCAAUUUCUUAAAAGGCGUGGAAGCUGUUGGAUCUUAUGCAGAAAAUCAAAGAAUAACAGCUGUCCGAAGGGUUUAUCAACGAGGUUGUGUUAAUCCAAUGAUCAACAUUGAACAACUCUGGAGAGACUAUAACAAGUAUGAAGAGGGUAUCAAUAUUCAUUUGGCUAAAAAAAUGAUUGAAGAUCGGAGUAGAGAUUACAUGAAUGCUAGGCGUGUAGCAAAGGAAUAUGAGACAGUAAUGAAAGGUUUGGACCGCAAUGCUCCCUCAGUGCCUCCUCAGAAUACUCCUCAAGAAGCUCAGCAGGUAGAUAUGUGGAAGAAAUACAUACAGUGGGAAAAGAGCAACCCUCUUCGUACAGAAGAUCAGACCCUUAUAACAAAAAGAGUUAUGUUUGCUUAUGAACAGUGUCUGCUUGUGCUGGGCCAUCACCCUGAUAUUUGGUAUGAAGCUGCCCAGUAUCUUGAGCAGUCAAGUAAACUGCUAGCAGAGAAGGGGGAUAUGAAUAAUGCCAAACUAUUUAGUGAUGAAGCUGCUAAUAUAUAUGAAAGAGCCAUAAGCACUUUAUUAAAGAAGAAUAUGCUUCUGUAUUUUGCAUAUGCAGAUUAUGAAGAGAGUCGCAUGAAGUACGAGAAGGUUCACAGUAUAUAUAACAGACUUUUGGCAAUUGAGGAUAUUGACCCCACCUUGGUAUACAUCCAAUAUAUGAAAUUUGCAAGAAGAGCAGAAGGUAUCAAAUCUGGAAGAAUGAUAUUUAAAAAAGCAAGAGAAGAUACCAGAACCCGCCAUCAUGUCUAUGUUACUGCAGCACUCAUGGAGUAUUACUGUAGUAAAGACAAAUCUGUUGCCUUUAAGAUUUUUGAGCUGGGGCUAAAGAAAUAUGGAGACAUUCCAGAAUAUGUUCUGGCCUAUAUUGACUAUCUUUCUCACCUUAAUGAGGACAAUAAUACCCGAGUUUUGUUUGAACGCGUUUUAACAUCUGGAAGCCUUCCUCCUGAAAAGUCAGGAGAAAUCUGGGCCCGAUUUCUAGCUUUUGAAAGUAAUAUUGGUGAUCUAGCUAGUAUACUCAAAGUGGAGAAAAGACGGUUUACAGCAUUCAAGGAAGAGUAUGAAGGCAAAGAAACAGCUUUACUGGUAGAUAGAUACAAGUUCAUGGAUUUAUAUCCUUGCUCUGCAAGUGAACUAAAAGCACUUGGUUAUAAGGAUGUCUCCCGUGCUAAGCUAGCAGCUAUAAUUCCAGACCCAGUUGUAGCUCCUUCUAUAGUGCCUGUUCUGAAAGAUGAAGUGGAUAGAAAACCAGAAUACCCUAAACCAGAUACUCAGCAGAUGAUUCCAUUUCAGCCACGACAUUUAGCACCUCCAGGCUUACACCCGGUACCUGGUGGAGUAUUCCCAGUACCACCUGCAGCUGUUGUUUUAAUGAAACUUCUCCCUCCUCCGAUCUGUUUCCAGGGUCCUUUUGUACAAGUGGAUGAACUGAUGGAAAUUUUCCGAAGAUGCAAGAUACCCAAUACCGUUGAGGAAGCUGUGAGGCUCAUCACGGGCGGCGCCCCAGAGCUCACCGUGGAAGGCAAUGGCCCGGUGGAAAGCAACGCGGUGCUCACCAAGGCCGUCAAGAGGCCCAACGAGGACUCAGACGACGACGAGGAGAAGGGAGCCGUCGUCCCUCCUGUUCAUGACAUUUACAGAGCGCGGCAGCAGAAGCGGAUUCGGUGA